GUCGAGUCUUAUGUGACUGUUCAUUUCAUUUCAAUAUGGGAUUCUGAAUCACCUUUAUAAUUGUGCGCCAGUACUUUAUUACUCCUGUCGGUGACGACUGCCCCUCACCUGUUUAUCGUGUGGAUUCAGCGUGAAAUCUUUGGUCAUCUGGGGCCGAGGACCGCAGUGAGGAUGACGGUGGCAGACCCCCUUGCGCGGCUGUGCUCCCCCUCCUCUCCCCUCCAGACAGGGUUGGGCCAAACAGCAGGUGGUGCAGAAGAGAACCCCGGACGCUGGAUUUACAAACCUCUGGAUCUUUGUCUUCUGCACAGGAUAAAACAUGGAAGAGCAUUUUCUCAACUCAGGUGUCACACUUCUAGAGUCUCCAGCCAGAGCUCAAUGAAUAUAAAUGUACCCUGGAAGACAAGGCAGGAAUCCAAUCAGAUGACUGUGAGGAGGAAAAAGAAAGAGCCGCACGUUCUAAUCUCAGGCCCGCAGUUUGGACUCCCAGAACCAUGUGAAUAUUUUAAAUGAAAAAAGCCAGAGGCCUCCCCGGGACGUGCUUGCUGUUUGGGAGUGGACUGAAGUUUGACAUCAUCAUGUCACUGAGGCAGACUAGAUGAUUCAUCCUCUCGAGAGACGGAAGUGGGAAGCGACGGGGUUUAACAAUGUAGCCACGCCAGGUGACAUGUGGUCAUUUAUUCAAGACAAUAUGGAGGUGCACACGGCCUCCGUGCUUUACGUCAACACCACAGAACAAAUGAACGCUUCACAUGAAAACGGCACCACUGAACUGCUGGAAGACGACAAACACCAGUCGUAUAUUAUUGGCCUCUUCCUGUCCUGCUUGUACACCAUUCUGCUCUUCCCCAUUGGAUUCAUCGGCAACAUCUUGAUCUUGGUGGUGAACUUGAACCAUCGUGAGAAGAUGACCAUCCCUGACCUUUACUUUGUCAACCUGGCUGUGGCGGACCUCAUCCUGGUGGCCGACUCCCUCAUCGAGGUCUUCAACCUGAAUGAGAAGUACUAUGACUACGCCGUGCUGUGCACCUUCAUGUCCCUCUUCCUGCAGGUCAACAUGUACAGCAGCAUCUUCUUCCUCACGUGGAUGAGCUUCGACCGAUACAUCGCCUUGGCCAGCUCCAUGAGCUGCAGCCCGCUGAGGACUAUGCAGUACGCCAAGUGGAGCUGCGGCCUCAUCUGGAUGGCGUCCAUUCUCGCCACGCUUCUGCCUUUCACCAUUGUGCAGACCCAGCACAGGGGAGAGCUGCACUUCUGCUUCGCCAACGUCUCUGAAAUCCAGUGGCUUGAAAUCACCUUCGGCUUUCUGGUGCCGUUCUCUGUUAUCGGGCUUUGCUACUCGCUCAUCGGGCGCAUCCUCAUGAGAGCUCAGAAGCAUCGUGGACUGUGGCCACGGAGGCAGAAGGCCCUGCGCAUGAUUGUGGUGGUGGUUCUGGUGUUCUUCAUCUGCUGGCUGCCGGAGAACGUCUUCAUCAGCAUCCAGCUGCUGCAGGAGCCAUCACAGAGGACGGUGACCACCCUGUGGCAUGACUACCCCCUGGCAGGCCACAUUGUGAACCUGGCAGCCUUCUCCAACAGCUGCCUGAAUCCCAUUAUCUACAGCUUUUUGGGGGAAACCUUCAGAGACAAGCUUCGAGUCUUCAUCAAGACCAAGGCCAGCUGGUCAGUUGUCAACCGUUUCUGCCAUCAUGGACUGAAUCCCUGCUUACCAGUCCAGGGUGAAGCCUCCGAUGUGUGACUCCCAAGAUUUGAAAGAUAUGCUCUAUUUUUAUAUAGAAUCAUUUUUAUGAAUUUUGUAAACCAUGCAAAGUGGCGAGCUGUUACUUACAUGUCUUAGAUAACUUGAGAGCUCAUAAUUCUUCAUGAUAAUACAUGUGUAAUAAUUUUAUUUUCUGUCAAAAAUGUGUAUCACAUGAAGUUCAUAUAUUGAUAUUAUCUUUCACACCGUAUGGGGGUUAAAAGGCUGAACGUUACUUCAAAAAGUGCCUCAAACGUAUUCAGAUUUGGCUUCAUUUUUGAGAGUUAAAAACAUGUUAAUAAUUCCCUCCAUGAGUCAUCUUGUUCCUCACUUUUUAAAAAAAUGUGUAGUUCAAAAUGCAAUAUUUUGAAAACACAAGUUAACAUCAGACUUUCUUGCCCUGUUUCUACUGGAUUGUUGCUGCCCCACUAAGUGCAUUAAAACUACAUUGUUAUGAUUUCAUUGAUAUUUAGAACGUUUAAAAAAACACAUCUAAUACUAUUGAUACAAUACAUCUAGGGUGAUAACAUUCAAUUUCUAAAAAAUGUUUUAUUGAUGUAUGUAUUUGGUUAUGAAUAUUCUCUUAAAUAAACUUGUCGA